AUGGCUCAGCACCAAUUCACUGAGUACACACCGGAGAAUAUGGGCAAAACAGGGCCAAGUGGCCGUCGUGGCAGCUACGGCACGGCAGCUAAGACUGCAAAACAGGGCUCUGAGGCCAGUGCAGGCGUUGGCGCCAGCACUGUCCCUGGCGAGCCCGACUCGGACUCGGACGCAAACUCUUUCUCACGUAUUCAGAUCAAGCCCGUCAACGACGAAGACGACACCUCGGUGAUGAUCACGUUCAACCAAAGCGUGUCGUGGUUCAUCGUGUCGCUCACUUUUGUCGCAUCCAUCUCCGGAUUUAUGUUCGGCUACGACACCGGUUACAUAUCCAGCGCUUUGGUGUCGAUCGGAACCGACCUCGACAACCGUGAGCUCACGUACGGUAACAAGGAACUCAUCACCGCUGCCACGUCUCUCGGAGCGCUCAUCAGCUCAGUCGUGGCAGGCACAUGCGCCGACAUCUGGGGCCGCAAACCGUGCAUCAUGUUCUCGAACGUUUUGUUUGUGAUUGGUGCUGCGCUCCAGGUCUCAGCUCACACGUUCUGGCAGAUGGCAAUUGGCCGUCUGAUCAUGGGAUUCGGUGUCGGAAUCGGCUCUUUGAUCUCGCCCCUAUUCAUUGGUGAAAUCGCACCCAAGAUGAUUCGUGGACGUCUCGUGGUAAUCAACUCGUUGUGUCUCACAGGCGGCCAGCUGAUUGCCUAUGGGUGUGGUGCGGGGCUCGAUAAAGUUCACAACGGCUGGCGUAUCCUGGUGGGCCUGUCACUGAUCCCCACAUGUAUCCAAUUUGUGUGUUUCUGCUUUUUGCCCGAUACGCCUCGUUUUUACGUCAUGAAGGGUCGGCUCGACAAGGCCGCCGAGGUCUUGGCCAAAAGCUACAACAGUGCUCCACAGGAGCUCAUCCAACAAAAAAUCAUCGAAUUAAGUUCUCUGAAUCGCACCAUCCCUGGCAAGACUGUUGCCGUCAGAGUCUUGAACACCAUUAAGGAACUUCACACAGAACCUUCAAAUUUCAGAGCGUUGGUUCUUGCCUGCGCAAUGCAAGGUAUCCAGCAAUUUUGCGGAUGGAACUCGCUCUUGUACUUCUCAGGCACCAUUUUUGAAACUGUUGGGUUCAAAAACUCCGCCGCAGUUUCUAUUGUUGUUGCCGGUACUAACUUUGUCUUCACAUUGGUUGCGUUCUUCGCAAUUGAUCGCAUUGGCCGUAGAGUUAUUUUGCUCAUUGGGUUGCCCGGAAUGUGUCUGUCCUUGGUCGUGUGCGCGAUUGCAUUCCAUUUCAUGGACGUUCGUUUCGAAGGCGGCGGCAGUGCCGUGAUCAAAGACUCUGGAUUCACUGCUUGGGGGAUCGUUAUCAUCCUUUCGAUCAUCUGCUAUGCUGCGUUUUACGCCUUGGGAAUUGGUACCGUUCCAUGGCAACAAUCGGAGCUGUUCCCACAAGCCGUGCGUGGUGUGGGUACAUCUUACUCGACCGCCACAAAUUGGGCAGGUUCUCUCGUUAUCGCGUCUACAUUUUUGACAAUGUUACAAAACAUCACACCUACCGGGACGUUUGCUCUUUUUGCCGCUUUGUCAUUGGUUUCCUUCCUGUUCAUCUACUUCUGCUACCCUGAGUUGUCGGGUCUUGAACUCGAAGAAGUGCAGAUGAUUUUGAAAGACGGCUUCAACAUCAAGGCUUCGCAGACAUUGGCGAAGAAGCGCAAACAACAAAUGGCGGAUCAGAGAAAUGCGGCUCAUGACAACGAACUACAAGGCUACAACAAAGCUAAACCCUCAGACGAGCUGAUGGAGGGGUGA